AUGCAGUCCGGUAAAACUUCCAAGUUGACUUUGGUCACGUCCUCAUCCGGUAUUAAGGAGGAGAAGAGAGCGGUGCCGACGGAUUCUCAAGUGGCUGAAAAUAGUGGCUCGGACAGGAGCCAAGACUCAGAAACCGAGAGAAGCGUUUCCGUAGAGUCUGAAACAGAUGAUGAAGAGGUGGAAGAGCCCUUUCAGACUCCCCUACCUGUUCGCACACGCAAACUCAAGAAGCAGAAGCUCGAUGGCUCCGUGGACAGAGUUAACACGCCCUCAACGGCGACUACAAUGCAAAGUGACACCGACAAUUACUUAGAUAUUGAAAUUCCAACCUUAGACGACAGCACCAUUCCGCUCAGCUACUCAGGGCGUCAUCGCAAGGCGACGCCGCCAAUUACUGAUGGACAAUCGGGAAACGAGUCUUCUACCCCGUCGACUCCGAGCAAGCCCCCUUCCAAGCGCCGCCGGGUAGUGUCUUCAAGAGGCCCAGUACCGACUCAUGCAGAAGCGGUGAAAAAAGUUGAGAACUUGACUGCCGAGCUGAAGUCGAUCAUAGAGCAGCACAGAGCUCAAAACGAACUCUACGAAGAUCUCACUUACGAGAACAGUGCGACGCCCGAUAUUCUCGAUGCUUCAGUUCGCGCUUCUCGUCAUCGUUUACAACAAGCUCUGCAUGAGUACAAAGUAGCCAACUGCAUUCAACGACUGCCUGCGUCUUCCGAACUACCUCACGAGAUCAUAGAGCUUCGCGACUCCCACCACCUGGCCAUUUGGGAGAAAGAGAAGUGGUACGCGAAUACCAGAGCGGUCUUUUGGCGCCUUUCCAAACUUGACCGUGAAAAGUCAGAGCUGUGGCAGAAGCUCCAACAAGCCAAGAGCGAGAUGGCUGCGGCGCUGCAGCGUGAGAGUGCCGAGAAUGGGAUCUGCACGACACAGCAAUCUCAAGGUAAUCUCGAACCCAUUGGGAUGCUACCUGGUGGUAGGCCGCUGUAUAAGCCGUCUCCUGCGCUUGAAAAGAUUCGACAAAAGCUUGAGGCAACCAAAAAAGAGGCUUCGGAGCCAUUUUACUUUCCUGGUACGACUGACUUUGGAAAUUCUCCUACUGAAUAUGCUCCUUCUCCGUUCAUUGCAUCAUCUACUGGCAACAUUGCAAGCCCGUGGCCUUUUGUCAAGAAGGCGGACACUCUCAACAAGAAGGGUGUCAAAAAGGGCAACUUGUGA